GACGCAAGGGAGGGCGCGUGAGUCAUCAAACCCCCCACUGCCCGCGCCAGCCAGCCGCGGCAAUAAUAAGAACUCGGCCGCCUCCUGCCAUGCCGCACGCUACCACGCUAGGAUCGAGUAGCUCGUAGCGUAGCCGUGCGAGGGAGGGAGGGAGGUGGGUCGAUGCCCGCGGCCGUGGAGCGACAGCAACCGCGAGCCGGUGGUGUUCUCCAUGGGGAAUAAGAAGGGCGGGUCGUCGUGGCUCACCGCCGUCAAGCGGGCCUUCCGCUCGCCGUCCAAGGAGGACAGCCCCAAGAAGUCUGCACGCCUCCGCGAGGACCCUGACGCCGACGAGGACAAGACCAAGAGGGAGAGGAGGAGAUGGCUCUUCAGGAGAUCCUCGUCCCCGUCUCCGUCUCCGGCGUCUGCCCCCGCGCCGCCGGAGCAGCAGCAGUCGGCGGCGAGGUCCGCACCUGCACCCGCUGUGACGGACGAGCAGCGUCACGCCAUCGCGCUCGCCGUGGCGACCGCGGCGACGGCCGAGGCUGCCGUGGCCACGGCGCAGGCGGCGGCCGAGGUCGUCCGCCUGACCCGCCCCUCCAGCUUCGUGCGGGAGCACUACGCGGCCAUCGUCGUGCAGACCGCCUUCCGUGGCUACCUGGCGAGGCGUGCUCUGCGCGCGCUCAAGGGGCUGGUGAAGCUGCAGGCGCUGGUGCGUGGGCACAACGUGCGGAAGCAGGCCAACAUGACGCUGCGGUGCAUGCAGGCGCUGGUGCGCGUCCAGGCGCGGGUGCGCGACCAGCGGAUGCGACUCUCCCAGGAGUCCCUGUCCGCCGCCGGUGCGGCCGCCUGCGGCAGCAGCAAAUCCUCCUACAGCGUUGACACAUCCGCUUUCUGGGACUCCAAGUACACCCAAGAAUACGCGGAACGCCGCUCUGUGGAGCGGUCGCGAGACGGCAGCAGCUUCGCCGCCGAAGACUGGGACGACCGGCCGCGGACGAUAGAGGAGAUUCAGGCGAUGCUGCAGACGAGGAAAGACGCUGCUCUCAAGCGUGAGAGAGCGCUCUCAUACGCCUUUUCUCAUCAAAUUUGGAGGAACCCCGCGCCGUCAGUCGAGGAGGAGAUGGACGUCGACGGGCAGCCGCGCUGGGCGGAGAGGUGGAUGGCGUCGCGCGCGUCGUUUGAUACAAACAGGAGCAGCGCCCGAACUGCCGCGGCGGCAGCAGCUGCGGCACCAGGGCGCGCGUCCACGGACCACCGCGACCAGGUCAAGACGUUGGAGAUCGACACCGCGCGGCCAUUCUCCUACUCCACGCCUCGCCGGCAUGCCCCGCCGUCGCAGCACGGGAGCGGCUCGCCGAUGCACCGUGCGCACCACCAGGCUUCUGUCACGCCGUCACCGGGGAAGGCGAGGCCACCGAUCCAGGUGCGCUCCGCGAGCCCGCGAGUGGAGCGCGGCACAGGAGGUGGAGGGGGAAGCUACACGCCGAGCUUGCACUCCCAGCGCCACGCGUCCUCCGGCUCGGCGGUCCCGAACUACAUGGCGGCCACGGAAUCUGCGAAGGCACGUAUCCGCUCCCAGAGCGCGCCACGGCAACGCCCUGCAACCCCGGAGCGCGACCGGCCACAGACGGCCUAUAACCCCGCCGGAGGAAGCGCCAAGAAGCGGCUGUCGUUCCCCGUCCCUCAGGACCCGUACGGCGUUGGGUACGCGCAGAGCCUGCGGAGCCCGAGCUUCAAGAGCGCGACGGGGCGGUUCACCUCCGAGCAGCGGUCCACCGUGUCUUCUCUGUCGUGCGCAGAGAGCGUCGGCGGGGAACCAGUCUCCCCGUCGUCCACCACUGACCUCAGCCGCUGGCUCCGUUGAGUUGAGCCGCCGGCGAGGUGUUCGUUGUAAUACCUGCGUUGCUAAUUUUCUCGUAAUCUCCUCGGAGAAAAACGACCUUCUCGUAAUCUAUUUUUUUGCUGCCUUU